AUGGGUGCUGUCGAAGGUUCUUCGGCCACCAACGGCACUCGCAGGAACAACCAUACCAACUCUUCUAAUAAUGGCUCUUCGCCCUCAGAAAACGGUACAAAUCACCGAACCGCGAAGAAGACGGCCACGUAUCGGCAUGUUGUAGCUAUUCACUCGAAAGUCCAGCACUCAUGCCUUAGCCGCGACUCGACGCAGGCCACGAGCUUUAUUGGCUUUCGGAACCUCAUGAUUGUUGUUUUGGUGGCCAUGAAUCUUCGGCUCGUAAUCGAAAACUUCCUCAAGUAUGGUGUUUUGAUCUGCAUCAAAUGCCACGACUACCGCAAGCAAGACGUCGUUAUCGGGGCAAUCCUCUUUGCGCUGGUUCCUUGCCAGUUGUUAUGCUCAUACUUCAUCGAAUUGGCAGCAUCCGGACAUGCUGUGCGCGUUAUUGGUCGGGCAAAAAAAGAAGAUAGUACCAAGGUCUUGCAUGAAACGAAGAGGACUUGGUUCUUCAUUGCGCUACUACAUUCUAUUAUCAGCUUUUUCGGCCUAGCUGCCACGAGCUAUGCUAUCUUUUACUAUAUCAAUCAUCCUGGCAUUGGGACUCUCUGUGAGAUCCAGGUGAUCGUCGUGUCGCUCAAGUCGUACUCCUAUGCAUUGACGAACCGCGAUUUACGCCGCGCGAUGCUAGGUUCUCCAUCGACAGACUUUGCUAUCCCAGAACUCUAUCGCUCUUGCCCAUAUCCCCGUAACAUCACUCUCGGGAAUCUCAUCUAUUUCCUAUUGGCUCCGACGUUGGUUUACCAGCCCGUUUACCCACGGACGCGCCGCAUCCGUUGGUCAUUUGUGGGCAAGCGUUUAUUCGAGUUCGUCGGUCUGGCGAUGGUUAUCUGGUUGCUUUCCGCGCAAUACGCCGCACCUCUUUUGCGCAAUUCGACCGACAAAAUCGCGGUCCUACACGUCGGGUCUAUCCUGGAGCGAGGGCUGAAGCUCUCAACGAUUUCCCUUGUAAUCUGGCUUGCUGGGUUUUAUGCCCUCUUCCAGUCUUUGUUGAAUGGACUGGCCGAGAUUAUGCGGUUUGGAGACCGGGAGUUCUAUACGGACUGGUGGAAUAGCCCGAGUUUUGGCGUAUACUGGCGAUCCUGGAAUCGACCUGUUUACACCUUCAUGAAGCGGCAUGUGUAUAUGCCGCUCGUCACACGAGGCUGGAACCCGACCUUGGCUGGCACCGUAGUCUUCGCAGUCUCCGCCGUGCUGCACGAGAUUCUUGUUGGAGUACCCACACACAAUCUGAUCGGAGUCGCAUUCAUGGCGAUGCUGUUUCAACUACCGUUGAUCCUUCUAACUGCUCCGUUCGAGAAGCUCAAGAGCCCUCUUGGCAAGGCAAUUGGUAAUUCGUUUUUCUGGGUGACUUUUUGCGUCGUUGGACAGCCCUUUGCAGCGCUUCUGUAUUUCUUCGCAUGGCAGGCGAAAUACGGAAGUGUCAGUAGGACACAAUCUGUAGGAUUUAUGGAAUAG